UGGCAGUGAUUUUUGGAUUUAUUUAGCCGAGAAAUUAAUAAUUUGUAUGGUUUUGUUAGCAAAUAAAUCGAAGUGAUAAUAUUCACUGCCAGCCGGCUUCCGAUCGGUAUGAUUCGGCGUAUGGAAGGGGAACCGACGCGCAGCGAAGAAAGCGUUUUUACGUAUGGACUCCAUAGAUAAUAUAGUAUAUAUAUUUAGCCACGGUUAUUAAUAUCUGUGGAGUUAACUUGUAUCUUAUCAAUCUUAUCAAUAAAUAUAAAAUAGCAAAUAAUUAACAACAAUGCAAAAUGCAAAUUGCAAUAGUUAAAUAAUUUAUGUUUGCAGUUUGGUAAAAAUUGGAUGUAAAUCUUUUAUAAUCGUAAUUUUUUUUUAUUUUAAUUUUAAACUAUUCAUUGUUUUGUAAAAAAGUUCUCUGUAAAAGGAAGAUAAAUAUGGAUGAAGACAAAGGAGGUAUUACAUUUGUAAAUUGCAUUGGUUCUGACAUUAAUAUAUUUAAAAAACUACCAUAUGAAGAUAAUUAUGAAUGUGAAACUUGUUUACUGUAUGAUGAACCUGAAUAUCAUAUUGAUGAUCCUGAAUAUGUUAAUACUACUUGGAAAUUUUUUGACAAUAUAACGAAGAGAUAUCUAUUAGGGAAUGGGAAAGAAAUUUUUCAUUACCAAAAAUAUGAAUGCCCUCCACUAAUAGUUAAAAUUAACACUCCGUUAUAUACUUUACAAGAACUUUGCAAAUAUACAAUUUCCACAAGACUUUUAUUUAACAAUAUUAGUAAUAAAGAAAUCGAUGAAAUGGAAUUACCUGAACAGUUUAAAACUGAUAUAAAAAGUUGUGUACAGAAAUUAGAAGAAAGGUAUGAAGCAGAUGAAGAUAAUUGUAAUCAAGAUUGGACAGUAUACCAUGAAGAAGAAUAUAAUUAUUAAAAUGUUUUAAAUAAACAUUUAUAUAUAUAUAUCACUAUACACAUUUUACUCUUUACUUUUAAAUAUUAUAUAAUUUAUUUAAUUUUAUUAAAACAUGUUAUCAUCACAGAUUUCAAAAUAAAAACAUUUAAUCCUCAA